GUGAUAAAAUGUCAAAAAAAGAUGAAGAUUCUCUACAAGAACUACUUGCAGAAGCGAUUUAUGCAUCUGGUACACCAUUAUGUAUAACAGAAAAUCCAUAUUGGCUAAAAUUUUUUAACGCAUUACGGCCUUCAUUUAAUUUGCCAUCAAGAAAUCAAAUAUCAAAUAAUCUUUUAGAUUCAGUAUUCGUUAGAACACAAAAUAUGGUUAAUGAAAAAAUUGAAUCUGCUACUACUGUUGGAGUGCAAUGUGACGCAUGGUCUAAUAUUCGCAAAGAAGGAAUCAUCAAUUUUAUUGUAACAACCCCAGCGCCAGUUUUUUUCAAAACAUUUCCAACUGGAACCGAAUCACAAACUGCCUUAUAUAUUUCUGAAAAAAUAGGAAGUGUUAUUGAUGCUUUGGGAAUUAAAAAAGUUAUCGGAAUUUGUACAGAUAAUAGCUGUGGCUAUAUUGACUUUACCUGCAACAUCAGCUGCAACCGAGCGUUCCUUUAGUACACAAGGAUGGAUUCAUUCAUCUAAAAGAAAUAAGUUAAGUAUCGAUAGAGCUGGAAAAAUAACAUACAUUGCAAGAAAUUUAAAAUUACUUAAUCCUUCACCAAAAAAUACAGAAGAAGAAUGGGAAGAAGAUGAGGAAAGUAAUAAAGGAGAGGAUGAAAUAAGUGAAAUUUGUGCUGAGCAUGAAGAAGUUGAAUUUUUAGAAGAAGAAUUUACUCAAGACUAAUUAGUGAUGUUGAUGGAAUUGAAUCAGUAUUAGACUUGUUAUUUCCUAAUGAAAUAUGUCAAUUAUUA